AUGCAACCAGAAUGGAGAAAGAACCUGGACCCAACCAUACAUGAAGCAAUGAGUGGAGAAGACAGAAAGCACUGGGAGGAGGCCAUGCAAAAGGAGCUGGAUGGAUUAGAAGCAAUGGGCAUGUGGGAGAUCAUUGACCUCCUGAAGGGUGCAAACACCAUCAACAUGUGUUGGGUACUUGAGAUCAAAACCAAUGCAAACCUCGUGCUGACAAAGUUCAAAGCCUGGCUCAUGGCACAAGGUCUCACCCAACAUGAGGGCAUUGACUACACAGAGGUCUUUGCACCAGUAGCACCCAUCCAAUCCAUUUGA